AUGUUAUGUUGCUGCCGAACAGAAACUGUCACCGGUUGAUCCCCUGGCCGUCGCUCAAUUCUACAACCAGGCGCAGCAGUUGGUCGCAGACGUCACAAUUAGUUGUUGACGUCACUACAACAAACUAACCACACCCACUUCUCGCUCCUGUUUUCACUUGCCCCACCCUCAGAGGUCCCUUAUGUGUCUCAAAUGUGUCAAAGCCGACUUCCCGAUUGCGGAGCGGGUGGUGUUGAGUGUUCGGGACAUCUCAGAGGAGACUAGGAGCAACUUCGCCCAGUGUGUGAGGUGUGGCAGCAAACAGGAGUGCACAGUCGCCAAUUACAAGGACUACACCACUAGUACGAGUCCAAAUCAGAACCAUCAGAGCCAUAACCAGACGACACACCAUAGUAACAAUCAUGGACAUACCGUUGCCAAUAAUGCAGGAACAAGACAACAAUAUCAGCAUCAUCAGGCACACACGGUUUCGUCGAAUAGUAACGGACAUUCGCAGUGCAAAAUCAGACACGUUAACUUCCAGCACGUAUGCGUACAAUGUGGCCAUGUAGUGGCAGAACACAGUUGCAGUGCAAGCAGAAGCGAAAUACAAUCACAAAAACAAACGCAGACAUCUCAUGCGACUCCUGUGCAGUCUACUCACAACAAGAGCAGUAGGGCGAGUAAUGGUCAAAGUCUCAACCAUCUGAAGAGUGAAAGGGAGCGAGAGGUGGAAGUUGAAGUGGAAGUGGACAUGACGUGUAUGUUGUGUGGCACUUUUGAAGACACCUACACUACCACGGCAGCCUCGCCAAGGACAUCAUCAGGAACUACUGAGAGAGAACCCACAUCUCAUAAUCAGAGCCAGAACCACAAGAGAGACGAUCACGAUAGGAGAGAUAGAGGGGACAGAGAUGGUAAGAAAAACCAAGGGGGAGGGGAGGUAAGACCGGAGUUGAUGACGAGGUGAAAUUUCUGAGCCCAUCCAGAUUGGAGACGAAGCCCUACAUAAAGCAGCUAUAUUGGCAGACGAACCUUACGCGACUGAAAUUCAUAACGCAGAAAGACUAUCUUUGAAGACUAGUUUCGGAAGUUAUCAUCAGCGAGAAUGUAAAGAUAAACCAUGAAAACUAAAUCAGACUGCGUUCAACUGAGGUUUAAUCAAUUUUGGUGUUUCUUGCUGUAUGCGAGAAAAGCUAAAACCAUCCUAAUAUCUGUCGCUAUUUCUAUUCGCGUUGUUUUUCUAAGUUUUGCCCACUCUCAUCUUAGAUGCUAAGAACUUGGGAAGCCUUGCUAGAGAAAUUCUUGGUUUUCCAAUUCUUCAACGAGGUUCUUUAUCUUGCCCGAAUUUAAUGUGUCAGCAAGCCAGAAAAGUUGCAAACCGCUCACCGCUGAAUGACAUGGUUUUUCUUGUUCUAAACGAUUGCGUGCAGUAGAUUUAGUUGAGUGCAGCUUUGACUCCCUUUGAGUGGGUGAAAAUUGAGAUGAUGUAUGUGACGGGCCGAUAAUGCAAUAAAUUGAUUCUUUUUGUUUUAAUCUCUGAAGCAUACUUGUAUGUGAGUACUUGUAUGUGAGUUUUUUGCGUUAUGAAUACAGUGCUAAUAUAUUUUAUCCGGACAAGACAAAAAACUUGAAACUUAAAACUCAAAUUGGGUUGACUUAAGACUAAAAAAAAGAUUACGACAAGUUUUGCUUUGAAUUUGAACAGAAUUAAUAUGACUCAAUUUAUUUUUGGAACAUUCGGAUCCGAAACUCAACCCCAAAACUACCAUUUCCGGCCUUUUUAGUCAAUCAAAAAUUACGCCAAAAGUAUUGGUUCAAUUCAGUGUAUUGACGUAUAAUGGAAAAAUCGUAUAAUCCGACUAUCGUAUAAUGUAUGAUCGUAUAUUUUGGCUUUCGUAUAAAAAAGGUAUAAUCGUAUAAUUUGAGAUCUAAAUCCUUGCUCAAUUAUAGCAACCGCUCAAGGCUUUUUAGAUUGUUUUUGUUGCUCGAGUAUUUUUUAUUCGAAAAUCUCUGAUUGAUCUCAGAAAAUUUUUAUCUUAGAGUUGAGCCGCCCCUAAUAUUGAUCAUCAUGCAAUACUCAGUUAAAAGUUUUUUGUCUCAUAAAAUUUAGCCAUUUAUCGGUUUCGUAUAAUCGUAUCAUUUAUCGUAUAAAUCCGAUCUCUCGUACAAUCUUAUGUCGUAUAAGGGUUUUUCUGAUUAAUUUGUCGUAUAAGUGUACAAAACACGCCUUCAAUUGCUGAAAAAAUUAUGUCAAAAAGAGCGUCGUAUAUUUCCCAA